AUGGGCGACCUGGAGUCGGACUUCAACCUGAAAGUUGUCUUAGUCAGUUUCAAGCAGUGUCUCAACGAGAAGGAGGAGGUGCUGCUGGAUCACUACCUCGCUGGCUGGAGGGGGCUGGUCAGGUUCCUGAACAGCCUGGGUGCCAUCUUCUCCUUCAUCUCUAAGGAUGUCACCACAAAGCUACAGAUCAUGGAGCGUCUGUGCAGUGGCCCACAGCAGGAGCACUACAGCAGCCUGCAGUCCAUGAUGGCCUACGAGGUGGGCAACCGGCUGGUGGACCUCGAGCGUCGUUCCCAGCACCCCGACUCAGGCUGCCGGACAGUGCUCCGGCUACACCGCGCCCUGCGCUGGCUACAGCUCUUCCUGGAAGGUCUGCGCACCAGCCCCGAGGACGCGCGUACUGCCGUGCUCUGCACCGACUCCUACAACGCCUCUCUGGCUGCCUACCACCCCUGGAUCAUCCGCCGGGCCGUCACCGUGGCCUUCUGUACGUUGCCCACACGCAAGGUCUUCCUGGAGGCCAUGAACGUGGGGUCCCCAGAGCAGGCCGUGGAAAUGCUGGGCGAGGCCCUGCCCUUCAUUGAGCGUGUCUACGAUGUCUCCCAGAAACUCUACACUGAGCAUUCCCUGCUGAACCUGCCCUGAGGGCCAGCGGGUGAGGUGGGGCAUGUUUCUCCUUUCUAGAGCUGGGCUGGGGCAGCCAGAACCCAUCAGGCCCACCAUGGAGAUUUGUGGGUGCCCCAGGAAUGGGAAAUACGCUUUCCCCUGCCAGCUGAGCUACGGGCCCAGCAUAGCCCACUCGGGCUGAGCUUCUGGGCUGCAGCAUGGGGGCUGUGACAGAGAAGGCAAGCCCUGGCCAUCGCUCCUCCUUGUUGUCUUGCUCUGACCAAGGGCACCUUGGCUUCACCCUCAACCAGGUUAUACGUGUGCAACCAGGCCUUGCCCGGAUGGGUAAAGUGCCGAAGGCGGGGAGGGUAAGGGCAGUAUCCGUGUUCAUGCGAAACCCUGAAAAGCUGCCUCCUGCCUGUGAGCCAAGUGUGUGAAAUGGGGCGAAGUCACAGGUCCCCACAGUGCAGAGACUUCAUCCUGCUUGCCAGCAAACUCACCCAGCAGGUGCUUCUCUGUCCCUGGCCCAUCUCGGUGUCAGGCCCUGGGUGCAGUGCCUAGGUCCAGGUGCCCGGGCCCCUCCACACGGGGUUGGCUGUCCCCAGGACAGGGAUGGAACCCCUGGGCAGCAGUGGACAGGCCCUCUCCCUGUCCCUCACCUCCUUGUUAGCCAGGGUCCCACAUGUCCUCAGCAGCAACAUGCAGGAGCCAAAGCCCUGAGCGGAGGCCUGCCCUGCCUCUAGUUCUGCACACUUAUCAGCUGCCCCCUGCAGCCACCCUGUCAUUCAGGUGCUCCCCCAGGCAGCUGCCUGUGAGUCUGCACAGCACAACUCCAAAGCUCUAGAGAGCCCAUGACUCUGCUGGUCCAGUUCUGGCCUCUCCCUCCCCAUCAUCCAACAAGAUGCUGCAUUCCAUCCUCCCCGUCCCUACAGAGCUCAGGAGACCCGGGAUGAUAUGGCACACGGAGAGAGCCUGGACCCUUUUGCCCAGCUGACAGGCCAGCCGUCACCAGACACUUGGGGACCUAGCGUCUCCUACUGGCUCUUCACUGUGAGCUCAGGGCCCUCAAUGCCGAGGGGACCGUAUCCACCAUAUGGAGAUGUGCGUAAGUG